UCAGUUCUCGUCGAGAUUCCGCCAGAGUCGGAAGCAAAGCCCAAGUCGGAUAAACAAGCAACCAGAUAAACUUAUCAAGGCAAAGCGGAAGCCAGCCUAGGCCAAAAUGUUGGGAGUACCCUUUGUGCUGCUCCUAGUGGCAUUCGGGCACUGCCACUCCAGAUCCAAUCACACUGCGGGCUAUGAACUGGCCACCAAUCAGAUCCUUGAUUCGGCCACCAGCCGCAUGCGCAGCGUGUGGGGCUUGCAGCGCACCAUCUUCCUGCAGCUCACGGCCAAGGGAAAGUCACCGCUGGGCGGACAAGUGCUAAACAACAAGCAGGACGUGGAGGCGAAGACUUAUCGCCUGCUGUACGAGUUGGCGGCCAAUUUGAGUGUGGUGCCAGUGGCCCAACUGGAUGACCCACUUCUGCGUCGGCGUGUUCAGCGGAUGGCCAAGCUGCAGCUGCAGGGACUGCGGCCCAAGGACUACGAGCAGGCCAAGGACCUGCUGCGCCAGAUGCACAGUUUUGUGAGCGGAUCGCUGGUCUGUCCCCACGAGGACUGCUCCGCCCAUGGCCCGCUGGCCAUGUAUCCACAGAUCGUGAACAAGAACAUGCGCACCAAGCUGUACGAGGAUCUGUUCAUCAACUGGUUUGCCUGGCGCAAGGCCAUCAACGAGAAGGAAACAGCCAAGUCCACAUUCAUCGAUUACGUGCGUCUGCUGAGGAUCGCAGCCACCUACAAUGGGCAUGUGACGCCCUCGCGCACCUGGUACCUCCACUACGACACGGAGAACUUCCAAGCCGAACUGGAGGCGGUCGUGUGGGAGAUCAUGCCACUCUAUCGCGAGCUACACGCCUAUCUGCGGCACGAGGUGCAGUCCACCUACCCCAAGGCGGACACAAAAAGCGACGGCGCCAUAUCCGCACCCAUCAUGGACCAGAUCCUGUCGCAGGACUGGUACCCGCACCAGUUCUUCCGCACCCCACACCAAGGCAAACAGCAUCAACUGCCCUCCGUGCAUCGCCGCUUGGAGGAGGUACUGGUCCCGCCCGUCAAGAUCAAUCGCAAGGCAGCCGAAUUCUUCGAGUCGCUGGGCCUUAAUAUUCUGACAGAGAAUUUCUAUGACCUUUACUCCCGGCGUAUGCAGGACGACGAGGGAGGGCCGGACUGCAAGUCGCAGGUGUACUAUUUUCCGCCGGACGUGGCCCUGCGCUACUGUCCCAAACUGGACUACAAGAAGCUGAUGCAGAUCCACGGCACAAUGGCCGAACUCCAGUACUACCUGUACAAGUUGCAGCUGCCCUUCGGUCUCGACACGGAGCCAUGUCCCGGUUUCGGCGCAGCCCUGGGUGAAACGGUUAUCCUGGCCUCGGGCACUCCGCGCCACCUGCACCGCCUACACAUCCUGCUGAACGACAGCCUCACGGAGCAGCAGUCCCUCAACCGACUGUUUCGCAUGGGCGUUCACACCCUGAUCGCCGUGCCGCAGUACUUCAUAAACGACAAGUUUCUGGUGGACGUGAUGGACGGGCGGAUUGGGGUGAAGGACUACAACUGCGCCUACUGGGGUCUCCAGGAUAAAUUCGCCGGAGUCCAGCCGCCAUCGAACCGGAACAACAAGGACUUCGAUCUGGACUUUAAGUUCUAUCGUGGCAUGAACCCGGAAACCUCCAACACCAAAAAAUUCCUUGCCGAGAUCCUGGGCUUCCAGUUCUACCGCUCCUUCUGCCUGGCCAGUGGCCAAUACAGGCCCGGCGAUCCUGAUUUCCCGCUGCACAACUGCGACUUUUACGACAGCAAGGAGGCGGGCAUGAAGAUGCGCGAAAUGAUGAAGCUGGGGGCCACUCGCCACUGGCGCGAUGUCAUGGAGAUUGCCACCGGGGAGCGGAAGUUGAGCGGACGCGGCAUCCUGGAGUACUUUGCCCCACUCUUCACUUGGCUGAAGGAGCGCAAUAAGCAGCUGGACAUCGAACCAGGCUGGGAUGCCGACGAAUUGUGUCGCAGGGACUAAAAUCCCAGUAUGUUCAGCAUGAUAUUGCCUUUUAUCUAACUGUAUCGCAUAUAUAUCCUACCUCUGAAUAAACGCAUAAGAACAUAAA